GCUCUCGUGCCUCUGAAUUCGUCCAGGCUUUUCGAGUACGCGACCCUCGCGCAGCGGAGCUUCUUCCGAAAUCUCCCUCAAGAAAGGGCCAUCCUACUGCCCUCGGACUUCUGCAGAAUGGUUCCCGCGAUGACAGAUGUUGCCUCGCCACGCUGGUCCCCUCGUCUGGCUGGACUCGUACCGUUCCAUUUCCAGAUGUCAUCGAAGUCUGAAAAAAAAACUUAUCUUCCCCGCCUUUAAAUACGUCUGGGGCUUGCUGGGAAAAUUCAUUCAGCUCCUUCCUCCAGCUUUUUCUCUCGCAUCCCCACUCGUCUCCACACAUCUUCCCUAGCCUCCCCAGCUACCCCGUACAUAGCGUUAUCCGCUUACGUCGGGAAUCCUUCGUCACCAUGUUGACGUUCUAUAAUCCUUACGCCCUCGGCGCUAUCUCCACUAUUGGUGGUUUCCUCUUCGGUUCUGACAUCUCCAGUGUCUCCGCCUUCCUCGCCGUCGAUUCCUACCUCGAUUAUUUCGGCCAUCCUGAUGAUAUCACUCAGGGUGGCAUUACUGCGGCUAUGCCGGCGGGAGCCUUCAUCGGCGCCAACAUCGGUGGCUACGUCUCUGACAGACUAGGCCGUAAGAAGAGCCUGCUCGUCUCCAUUGUCUUCUGGAUUGUUGGGUGUAUCCUGGCCUGUGCGGCUCAGGACGUUGCCAUGCUCGUCGUCGGUCGUAUCGUCAAGGGCGUCACUGUUGGUUGGACUAGUGGUCAAGUCCCUGCCUACCUCGCCGAGCAAUCUCCCAAGGCCAUCCGUGGUCGUCUCGUUGGACUUCAGCAACUUUCCAUCACCCUCGGUAUCCUCGUUAUGUUCUACAUCUCCUACGGUUGUUCAUUCAUCGCCGGAACUACCUCCUUCCGUCUUGCCUGGGGUCUCCAGCUCGUCCCCGGCGUCCUGUUCGCCUUCGGUCUUCUCUUCCUUCCUGAGUCCAUUCGAUGGCUCGGUACCAAGGGUCGGUGGGAAGAGGCCGAGUACAUCAUGGCACGCAUCCACGGCAUGGAAGUCAAUGAUCCCUACAUCCAGGCGGAGAUUGCUGAACUUAAAGAGGCCGUCAGGAUUGAGGAGACCAUGAAGAAGUUCGGUUUCCUCGACCUAUUUAGGCCCCAGCUCUUGACCCGGACGUUCUGCGCUGUCGGUGCCCAAGUCUGGAGUCAAUUGCAGGGUGUCAACGUUAUGAUGUACUACAUUGUCUACGUCUUCCAGAUGGCUGGUUUGACUGGCAACACCAACCUCACUUCGUCGUCCAUCCAAUACGUUAUCAACUUCGUCAUGACCAUCCCCGCCAUCCUGUGGGUCGACAACUGGGGUCGUCGCCCAACGCUCCUGAUCGGUGCUCUUCUCAUGGCUGGAUGGAUGUUUGCCACCUCCGGCCUUCUCGCGACCUACGGCCACUACGUCGACGGUAUCGACGACAACCCCGAUAUCCGGUGGACCAUCUCUGGUGCCCCCAGCAAAGGUGUCAUCGCCUGCAGCUUCCUCUUCGUCGCUACUUACGCCGUCACCUGGGCUCCCCUCAGCUGGGUUUACAUCUCUGAGAUUAUGCCCUUGCCCGCCCGUGCUGCUGGUGCUGGCUUGGCCACUAGUACAAAUUGGAUUAUGAACUUCGCGCUGUCCUUCUUCGUCCCUCCAGCCUUCCGCAACAUCCAAUGGAAGACCUACAUCAUCUUCGCCGUCUUCUGUCUCGCUUCCUUCCUCCACGUCUUCUUCUUCUUCCACGAAACCAAGGGCCGCAGUCUCGAAGAGAUCUCAGCCAUCUUCGAGUCCGGCAAGCGCCCCUUCCUGCCUUCUCACAAGUUACACCACAAGGUUGUCCACUCGGACUCAGAGCUUUCGCAUGAGCCCAAGGAGAUCAUGGAGAAGGAUCAACACGAGACGGAUCAUAUCGCCCACAAAUAA